CUAAAAACUAUCUUAAGGCUUUACCAAGAUCCAAUCAUCAAAACCACCCCCUCUCGCAUUUUGUUUGAUACAUCAUACUGAUAUUUGCAUUAUCAUUAUCAUCAUCAUCAUGAAAUCAGUUUCUCUCAUAGUCGUUCUUCUUCUCUCAUCCUCUCUUGCACCUCAAACCAUAACAUCAUUCUCCUUAUUCCCCUUUCCCUUUCCGAUUCCAUUCUCUCUUCCAUUUUCACUCCCUUCUAUAGUUGGUGGAAUUAUCGCUAGAGAUAAUAACAGCGAGCUAGCUAGGAGGUGUUUCCCUGAUCUAGGAGACGGCGAGGCCUGCAUGGCCGAGAUAUUUGGUUCAUUCUCCAACCGUCAGAUUACUAUAGGACCGGAGUGUUGCAAGGCCAUUGUUGAGGUUGAUGAAGACUGUACACAAGCUGUUUUUAAACAGUUCAGCGAUGCUUUAUUUACUAGUUCCGUCCAGCAGUUUUGCUCUUACAUCAAUAGUUAAUGCAAACUCUGUUCA